AUGGAGCUCCCUUACUGGAACCGCACACUCGGUGCUGACCAUUUCUAUAUGUCCUGUGCCGGUAUCGGCUAUGAAUCGGACAGAAAUCUCGUUGAGCUAAAGAAAAACUCGAUUCAGAUCUCGUGCUUCCCUACUCCCUACGGCAAGUUUAUUCCUCAUAAGGACAUAACCCUACCUCCCUUCAAUCCCCUGCCACACUCACUUCCUCAAGCUCCGGUCAACAAAACGGCAACAUUUCUCGGCUAUUUCAGGUCAUACGGGGAUAGGGGCGACGGCGAGUCACAGUCAUCUUUAGUCAACGACUUGAGUGGUGAUCCUGAGUUUGUGAUCGGUUCAAAUGCGUCCGAUCAGCUUACUCACAUGGUGAGACUUGCAAGCAGUAAGUUUUGCUUGUUUUUCUAUGCUGUCGAUGUAUCGGGGAUCGGAGACGCGCUGCGUUUCGGGUGCGUGCCGGUGGUGAUAACCGAGGGUCCGAUUCAAGAUCUGCCGUUCCUGGACGUGAUCAGAUGGUCGGAGAUUGCGGUGUUCGUCGGAACCGGAAGAGGGGCAAAGGAGCUGAAGCACGUGCUGGAGCGCACGUGCAAGGAUGGAUACGAGCGAAUGAGAGGAUUAGGAAUGAAAGCGAGUCAACACUGGGUUUGGAACGAGUCACCACAGCCAUACGACGCCUUUCACACAGUGUUGUUUCAGCUGUGGUCGAGACGGCAUGCCAUCAGAUACGCUCGGAGAGAAUGGGUUUAA